AUGGUCCACUUCAUACGCAAGGCGAAGAUUGGAGGAGAGGUUUCACAUCACGGCUUCAAAGCAACCCAGGUCCUUCCUUGGGCAUACAUACCGAACGAAGUCUCGUUGUCUUCGGCAGAUGUAUCGGUUAAAUCUCUGGGCGGUGGCUUCGGUGAGGUCAGGCGUGUUAUUAUUCACGCGUGGCAACACGACUUUCACCAAACUCUUCAUCAUAUCUCCGCUGCUUCAAGCUGCUUUGCGCUCAAAAGACUCUACAUCGCCAAAAAGCACGAGUUUGAAGAAGAAGUAAAGCAGUUGAAGCGGUUCGGUGGACGCCAUGCUCAUAUUGUUACUUUGCUUGCGACUUUUACAGUCCAAGUAAGAAAUGAAUUGGAGUACUUCCUUCUAUUCCCAUGGGCAGAUUGUGAUCUACUUGCUUUCUGGGAGCGUGAAUCUAAACAGGAGAGAAAUCAUAAGUUCUUUCGAUGGGUGGCAAAACAAUUGUGUGGUAUCAGCAACGCGGUGAGCUUCAUACAUGACCCAGACGAGCUGGACGCAAACGGCGACAGGAUAUACGGGAGACAUGGUGAUAUUAAGCCCGAGAACGUUCUUUGGUUUAAGUCCUCAGACCAUGGGAAUCUGGUGCUCUCGGACCUUGGCCUGACGAGAACACAUCGAAUACAGAGCCGAUCGAACAGGCCAGGCGAGAAGAUACCGGUUUCUCCCAACUAUCGACCUCCCGAGUGCGAUAUUGACGGGAAGAAUGGCAAGGUGUCCAGAUCCUUCGAUAUCUGGACACUGGGGUGUCUGUUCCUCGAAUUCGUUGUUUGGACACUGGAGGGGUGGGAUGGGUGGCUCGCGUUUAGGCAGAGGCGUAUGUCUCCCUACAUACACGGUCAUGAUACGCCUGUGUAUUUUGAAAUCGUUCGUGUGAAAGGCGAUGCAGAAUUACUCGGUAUGAAAGGAGUCGAAUAUGCCGUGGACAUCAAGGACAGUGUGACUAAGUACACCCACGACAUGUUGGACUUAAUACAGACUAAGAUGUUGAUUGUACAGUCUGAAGAACCGUCUCGACCCCGCAUUCAGGCACCCGAACUUUCCCGGAAAUUGAAAGAGAUAGAAAUCGCCUGCGAACGAUGGGAAUACUGCAUGACCCCAGGCACUUCAACCACUACGAAUGAGCCUCAUCUACCCGUUCGCGCUCGCCUGAAUAACGUUGCUUUGCGUCAUAUUUCGAACAUCAACGCCAGUGACGCCGAGACCGCCAUCAGGUUUAAAGAAGACAGUAUCUCGCUCGUUCUGAAUGCCAUACGGUUAGGAAAUGAUUAUUUCAAGCUGCUUGUAAUGAAUGACCACUUUACCUGCGUCAAUUUCCUCGGAAUUGUACAAAAGAAGCGACCCCUUUCCGACUGCCGUGAGGUCCACCGCGUUAGCAUUAAAUACUGCGAUAUGACCGUCUCGUCGGUGUAUCUACCGCGGAACACCUCUGUGGCCAUCGUUGUAAGGGAGAUGGCGCGAAGGCCUGGACUUGAAGUCCACAUGUCUCACUAUCCGCAAAAUUUUCUUCCCACGGAGAAGAACCCGACUUUUCGGCACAUGACACACACAGCCGUAACAUCCAAGUGGUUGCUCAUGAGACUGGCGUCUCAAUUUUCCAAGGUGGCGCCUCUUGAGACUCAUCCCGGCCACAACAUAUCUUGCUGUCCCUACGUGUCAGCAUUCGGCGGUGGCGAAGCUCAAUGUGCGACAUUGGCAGUCACUUUGCCCUGCCACGAAGAACCUCUACAUUUAUUCAUAACAUUUACCUACUGGGAUGACGCUGGCGAUAGCAUCGUUCGGGCUAUCAUGGACUGGCCAUCGGAACAAGGUGGCUUGAAAAUGGCCGACUUUGAGAGAGUAUUCCGAUAUCAUCCUCAAGCCACGACUGUUGUGAAUCUGCUGGCGAAAGACCGCGGCCCAGUCGUAUGGUCUCAUAAGACAGCAGAAGAUUGGAGAUCCUGGCUUCAGGAUUACCCUCCCUCUGUUCACAAGGACUCCGGCCUCGUUCUCAUCUUUGCUCGGAAACCAGGCGAACCGCAAAGUGAUAUCGGAAAGCUGGCGUCAAGAGAGCCGGAUUCCUCUUAUAUAAAAUCCCCAAGCGGCCUGCAAGGCACAUUCAACGAGAAAGAUCGAUCUUUGAGCUGGCCUAAGAACGAGACUGUAUUGAAUCACGAUGUUCAGUCUGGAAAGCUUCAUUUCGACAUCGACAAUAGUUUGAAGGGAGGCGGAAGGGAAGUUCGACGGCUCCCUUUCGACGAAAUCACAUUCAAAGACAUUUGCGAAAGAUUUUUUGUGCAAUCUUCAAUAUCGCGAGUCAUCAGCCGAGCUGAUGUCCCUCUUUUCUCCAAGUCUCGAGUUUCUGUCAAUAUCGGGGAGUCAGACUCAACCAGCUACCCUGCAACCGUCUACCACUGCAGAUCUUCCAACACUUGGGCAGAUGAUAUGGCACUGACUGCAACUUACUUUCCUCACAGCCGUUUGACGUUCGCGAUACUGUUUGGGUGUACCGCAGACGUUGAGAAGAAUAUAUUCAACAGACUUAGUCGGGCAAAAGAUCGAGUUUAUCAUCCCAUGAUUCUUCCAGGCAUAUUUGCGGAAAUAGAAAAGGACCGCAUGGCCAAGGUUGUUGAAAGGACCGUAAGUGACAUCGAAGGCGCAAUAUUCGAGCUAGGGACUGGAAACCCUGUCGAAGGUGAUACGGUUCAAGAAGAGGACAAGAUCGAUAUGAGGCAUUCUCGAAGAACGUCGUGGCUGAACACUACUUACCUUCGCAAUAGCCUCCGAGCUUGGAAAUCUCAGCUCCGCAAAAUGGCCGAUCACGUUGGCGAACCUCUGAACUUUGAGGGAACUACACUUGGUGGGAAUUUGAGUGGGGCGUUGGAUGGUGAGCCAUUGACAACUCAAACUGACAACGGGAUUGCGAGAACGAGCGAAAUGAUCAUGGAUAGACUCCAUGCCCUAAUCGAGGAGUUCGAGGACAGAAUUCAAGAUUGCACUAUGAGCGUGGAAGGUAUGACAAUUGCAACGCAGUGGGCCCAAGGCGAUACAAAUGUCGAUAUUGCAACAGCUACAGGAAACGAUUCGAGACAGAUGCGGUCAAUUUCUUUGGUUACAAUGAUAUUCUUGCCAGGAACAUUCUUUGCAACCUUGUUCUCCAUGACAUUCUUUGAUUGGUCUCCCAAUGGUGACCAGCAGUCCGUCGUAUCGGGCUAUAUAUGGAUCUACUUCUUGGUCACUGGUGUUUUCACCGCAUCAACUCUCGUGGUCUGGUGGUAUUUCCUCUCUCCACGUCGGAAGAAGUAUCGAGGCUGCAGUCUAUUUACCUCAAUCUUGGCUGUCUGA